AUGUCUUUCGCAGGGAGAAUUAUGAUUCAAGCCAGUAGAGCGAAAUUCAUCGAAUCUCUCAAAGCAGAAUCCAUUGCGGCGGGGAUCAAGGAGAUAUCAGUGACCGAACUGCAGUCCAAGCUGGACAUCUUGGAGAUGUAUUCGAGCCAGUUUGAGGAGCAGCAUCUGAAGUUGCUCUCUGGAAAAGACAGCGCGGAAAUUCUCGAGCAUGAGUAUGGGAUUUUGCUCAGUGGACCCCUUAUAAAGAUCUUUUUGUCCAUGGUCGUCGGCAAUGACGCGCUCUCCACAGUGAAAAAGCUCCACUACCUGCUAACUUCUCUGAUCGGUGAGCCUAAGCAGCUGGUGUCCACUCUGCCGGUAUCUGAUGAUUCCUUCAUUCCAGCCUGGGAAAUGCUCAUCUCCAGAUAUGACAAUAAGCGUCUCCUCACAUCUAUCCAGCUGGAGAAGUUGUUCAGUACUCCCAAGAUCAUCAACCGCUUGGCCAAGGAGUUCAAUUCUCUUCUCAACUCCACCACUGAGGCAUUAAACGCCCUGAAGACGCUUGGACGCCCGGUACAGCACUGGGAUGAUAUUCUGGUGCGAGUGAUUUCGAGUAGACUAGACUCGCAGACGAUGGAGGCAUGGGAGAUUAAGAUUGAUACCACCACGACCUUCCCAUCAUAUAAUGAGUUGGAGGAGUUCCUCCUGACCAGAGCAAGAGCGAGGCAGAGAAUUGAGCUGCACGCUCCUGAGAAAUCCGCCACCACUGCUCCUCAACAGCCUCAAAAACCGAGACUAGCAAAAGUCCUGAACGUCUCUGCUGGUACUCAGAAGCCAUCAGAGCAACGUCCUUUUCUAUCAUGGGCAGAAAUGAGCGAGAACGUCUGCUCCAUGUGCUCUGAUGGUCAUCAUAUUGACAAGUGUCCGACGUUCAAGCAGUUGAGUCGGGAGAAGAGGAAGGAGUUUGUGGAGAAGCAGAAUCUCUGCUUCAACUGCUUGGGCAAGCAUUCGCUGCGAAACUGUAGGACCACCAAGAGCUGCGUUGUAUGUCACAAACGUCACCAUUCAAUGAUACACAUUAACAGCUCUCAGAGUGGUUCUACAGUCACGAAUUCUGCAGUUCAGUCUCGAGUGCAACCUUCUAAACCUCUGCUUGAAGCGUCACCUCAGCUCAGACCAGGUGUUCUCCUCACAACAGCAGUAGCUUCUCUCGUUGGGGAGAAUAGAAUCUCAUUCGAGGUCCGGAUGCUGCUGGAUCCUGGAUCUGAGUUGUCAUUUGUUGCCAAUAAUCUUGUGGUGAAGCUGGGCUUGUGGAAGUCUCCCGCCCUGCUCCCUGUCGUUGGUAUCAGUGGAUCAAGUAUCUGCUCGAAUGGAUUUUCUCAGUUCUGUCUGAAGUCACUGCACUCAGAAAAACAAAUUGAGAUCAAGGCCUACAUUCUUGACCGUCUCACAACCUCGUUGCCAUCGUUCUCAGUAUCUCAAACUCAAUCGUGGAGCCAUCUCAAGGGACUGAAAUUAGCUGAUCCGGAAUUUCUGAAGCCGAGACCUAUUGACCUUCUCAUCGGCGCGGAUUUCGUCGCAUCAAUUGUGGAGCCACAGAUCAUCAAGCGGCCUUCAGACUCCCCUAUAGCCAUGUUCACGAUCUUCGGUUAG